AGUGCGUCUUGCAGAUAAGUGCAUGCUGGCGCUUGUGUGUGGGGGGGUAAACUGCAUGUUUAUUCCCUAACUGGUUUUGACGGGAGAACCAAUACAUUGACAUUUAAGCGCCUGACCGGUCGCUGCUGCUGUUCGCACCUUGCAGCAUGUCUGGAAGGACGCUCGUAAACCAAAGGCAGCACGUCGGUCUGCAGAAGCUCUCGGCGCUGGCAGGGGUCGCGCCGUCUUUUUUGGGACCCCACAAGAAAUGGAAAUUCAUCCAGGAUGGCGCAAACGGAGAGUGCGCCAUCCUGGUCUGUUCCUGUUUCCGCCUCUUGGAGAACGCAGAAGUGACCUGUGCGGUGGGCCAGCUCGUUUGCGAGACUGUCCGGGCCCAGCAGAAGAUUUACCACUCGGGGACGGGAUGCCUUCUCUUUCUUGCAGGUGCGUGGAGUCGAGCCGCCCUGCAGUGUCUCCAGAAGGGGAUCCCGGUGCCACACAUCAUCGCAGCCAUGUCCGAAGGCAUGGAUAUAUGUUUGGACACGUGCAAGAAAACACGUGUCCCGAUGGAGGAUGUCUGUUUAACGUGCGCGGAGAAUGGCGUUGCGACGUCUGAACAGUCACACCUCAUGCUGCCGAAGCAACCGGCUGCGGGUCUCUCAAGAGAGAUGCCCCGCCUCGGCUGGACAGUGGGAGGCAACAAGAAUCACAGCAGUCGUGCACCGUGGAAACCCAAACUCACUCACAGCCGGCAUUUCUGUGAAGCCAAGUCUGAUGUCUCCGCACUGUCAGCAUCUCGUUCUCAGAACUCAAAAACUGUGGACAUCUCCCGUGUUGCCAGGGCAGUGUGCCAUGGUUGUGUCCAUGCGAUGGAUUUGGUGAUCGAGGCCAGUCGACUGCAGUCACAAAGCAGUGCAGGAGACGCCUGCUGCUCGACCUUUGACGUCAGCAAGGUGGUGACUUGCCUUCUCCCCGGCUUGACAGAGGAGCACGCCUGUGUCUUGCCAGGCUGCGUGGUUCUGUUAUCUGACGAGCGGGUUCCAGUGGCGCAGCACCUGCAGCAACGGCCCUUGACAGUUGCUCUCGUUAACGGCGACCUGUGUCACAAGUAUCGCCACCUCGGCUUCAAUAAGCCGACUGGUGUAGGACGCAUGACCGACAAGUUGGAACCGGGCACUUUGGGCAAAGAGGACGAAUGGACCGAGAGCGUUCUGAGGGUUCUGCUGAAAGUGAAUGUGAAUCUGGUGUUGGUGAGCGGAACUGUCAGCGAAAAACUGCUUCAGCGGUGCUUCAGUCACCACAUAUUAGUGGUGGGGAAAAUAAAGGCCUCCGUUUUAAAGGCGUUUGCCAAUGCAACGGGCGCAGUCCCCAUCACAUACGCCACACAACUAACUAUGCACAGUGUAGGCACUGGGGCGCAGGUUGUCCUCUGGAGAGACGUCAGCAGCGACCAGAGGAGGCCAUCGGUGGCUGUCAGCAUCUCCACGGAGAGCAGCAGCGGGCUGGUCACAGCGGUCCUCGCUAGUUGUGUACAUGGCAAACUGCAGGGGCUGGAGGACCAGUUCUGGAGCUGUUGUUAUCGUUUGCAUCACGCGCUCAAAGACCGAGAGCUCCUACCCGGUGCAGGAGUGACAGAGAUGCUUUGCAUUCACCACCUUCAAAAGCAGGCGGAGGUCCGUGUGAAGCGGCCCGCAGUCAUGACAGGCGAUUCGGUCCAACCGCCUGAAGGUGACGGAGGAGGUAACCCUUACAGAGACGUAGUGCUGUGUCUCAUGGCGGAUGGACUCACAGACUAUGUCUCCAACAUAUUGAUGAACGGUGGAGGCUUUUCAAGAUUGGGAGCCUGGACAGCAGUGGGCCAACAAGUGAGAGACUUAAAGGGAGAAUUUAGCAUCGAUGCCAAGUUUUCCGGACUGUUAUUAGCAAGUGAUGCUGUGGAGAGCGGAGUCCCUUCAGACGGGCAGUCCGGAGAGGCAGCAGAACUGAAGGUUUAUGAUAAUUUGAGUGUGAAGGUUGAAGCAUGGAGGAAAGCUCUGGAUCUGGUUUUCCUCGUGUUGCAGACUGAUGCAGAGGUCAUCACCGGCGUUGACCCUAAAACUGCCGGCGCACAGGAAAACCUCUUUCUGCUAUGAUGAUGAUGAGGAUUGUGCUGUUUCUCAGUUCAAUAAGAAACAAGGAUUUCUUUGGACAUUUUCUAAACACGUCUUAUCUCAAAGAGAAAGCGAUGUGACAUCCUUGAGGUUUUUAUAUACGCACUCAAGAAAGUCCUUUUGUUCGUUUGUUUUUUUUUUCUUUUCCCUGAUGUGGGCAUUUUUGUUAACGUAGCGGUCGCUGGAUUUCAAUAAAAUAGCAUGUAUUAGUUCAGAAUAUGUCUUGAAACACGGCUUCAUGCCACAGUUAAAUUGGUCAAACACAAUUAUGUCGUUGUCCUAAAAUUAUUAAGUUCAUUCACAAUG